AUGUCUGGUCAUACACAUAGCCCAUCUGCUGAGGGCCACCUCCGGCCGCGGCUGUCUAAGCUCACUAUGGUAGCCAUGACGUUUGCCAUUCUCAACACUUGGAUUUGUCUAGCUGGAAGUCUGUCUAUUGUUCUCCCAUCGGGUGGCUCCGUUGCUUUCCUUUAUGGCUUUGUCUUUUGUGUCUUGUGUAACUUCUGCCUGGCGGCCAGUCUGGGCGAGUUGGCGGCUAUUUGGCCAACGGCUGGUGGGCAGUACCAUUUCCAAUGGGCUUUGACUACUGAGAAAUGGAGAAAGGUCAUGAGUUUUGCCGUUGGUUACAUCAAUAUUUGUGGCUGGCUCACUCUCGUUACUACUGAGGGCUUCUUUGCAGCACAGUUCAUCUCGGCGGCCUGCGUGGUGGCAUCCAACGGAAACUAUACCGUUGCAGCUUGGAAAACAUACUUGAUCUUCAUGGUAGUUCUAACCUUUGGUACCCUCUCAAUGACGUUUGGUAACCGAAUUCUGGGUGCUUGGAAUAAUCUGGCUUUAUACUGGUCCAUCCUCAGUGUAUUCGUUGCCAGCGUCGUCCUCCUAUCUACCUCGGAUAAAACAGACCCCGAAUUCGUGUUUGCGACAUUCCAGAACGAAACAGGGUGGAACGAUGGUAUCGCUUGGAUUCUAGGUCUUUUGCAAUCUGCUUUGUCACUUAUUGGAUACGACGCUGUGCUACAUAUGACGGAGGAGAUGCCCACUCCUUCUCGAGAUGCUCCUCUAGCUAUGGUAUACGCUGUUAGUGUCGGGGGGACGACGGGAACCAUCUUCGUUCUCGUGAUGCUUUUCUGCCUCACUGAUCUGCCCGGAAUCGUAGCCACAUCAACUGGCAUGCCCAUCGUCGAACUUAUCCUCCAAGCGACCGGAAGCCGCGCGGGCACAACAUUCCUGACACUGAUGCUUGCUAUUUGCUUCAUUCACGGAACUAACGGAUCCAUUACCAGUGCCAGUCGUCUCCUAUACGCUAUGGCUCGAGACAAGGGUAUCUUCUACCACGACUAUUUCAGUCAUAUCCAUCCUAAGUGGGAGGUACCUAUCCGAACUAUUGUCCUCACCUGGGUCUUCAAUGCCAUAUUUGGACUGCUAUACCUAGGGCCGACAGUUGCUUUCAAUGCCUUCAUUUCUUCCUGCACGAUUCUUCUAAACAUGUCGUAUGCGAUUCCGAUCUUGACUCUCAUCGUCCGAGGAAGAGACGUUCUCACGCAAUACCAAACAGCAGAUACGCCGUGGAAGUUUGGAAAAGCCCGAGGUCUUAUUAUUAACUACAUUGCAGUACUCUAUGUGUUUAUCACCUCAAUAUUCUUCUGUUUCCCACCUGUAUUGCCAGUUUCUGCAAGCCUGAUGAAUUACGUCUCGGGUGUGAUUGGAAUCUUCGCUAUUUUUCUAAUAGGCUAUUGGGUGGCAUAUGGAAAGAGGACAUUCGAGGGCCCGCAACUAGACAUUAUCUUGGGUGAGAGGCCAGAACUUUGUGAGGCGACAGACGAACUCGCAAUGGAAGAGAAGCAGGUUAAAAGUCGGAAAGAAUGA